AUGUUCUUUUGCAGGUCUUGUCUGUCUGUCUGUCUGUCUGUCUCUCUCUCUCUCUCUCUCUCUCUAUCUCUCUAUCUUUCUAUCUAUCUAUCUAUCACGCACGCAUAUUCUCUAAUCUAUCUAUCUAUCUAUCUAUCUAUCUAUCUAUCUAUUUAUCUAUCUAUCUAUCUAUCUAUCUAUCUAUCUAUCUAUCUCAGUCUGUUUCUAUCUCUAUAUAUUAGUAUCACUAUCUUUCUAUCUCGAUUUCAAUCUAUCUAUCUACCAAUAUAUAAUGGGCUCUCCCGUCGGAUUCGACAUUGUUUAUGGGUAAUUAUCUCCCAUUUUCUAGAUUUUUCUUUCACCUUUUCCCAUUUCCCGAUCUUUUCUUGUAAAUGUUCUCUCCUUUAUUUUGGUUUUCAUAAUGACUUACUCUUCCCGCCGUACGAGGUUUUUUCAUAUAUUCUCGUGACUCGCUUAUCUUUCCUUGCUUUUAUUCGUUUCGUUCUCGUUGAAUCUAAUUUUCGUUUUUUGUUUUCUUUUAUUUUUCACUCUUCUCUUCCACUUUAUCUUUCCUUGUGCAACUUUUUUUUCUUUCAAGUUUUACUUUCGUUUGUUUUUAUUUAUUUAUUUUUGUUUUUUCCUUUUUCAUCUUUAUUUACUUUCUUUCUUUCUUUUUUUAACCUGAUUUCUUUCGCCUUUUCUUUUUUCAUUAUCAACUCUUCUUUCUUUCUUUCUUUCUUUCUUUCUUUCUUAAUACAGUUUCUCUUCUCUUAUAUUUCUUACAGUCAACCCCUCUUUCUUUCUUUCUUAAUAGUUCUCUUCUCUUAUAUUUCUCACACUCGUCCUUUCAAAACGCCAUACUUAAAAAUAGCCCACUCUUUCUUUAUUGUUUUCUUUCUUUCUUUCUUUCUUUCUUUCUUAAUACGUUUUCUUUUCUUCUAUGAUUCUUUCAGUUUUUCCUUUAGAUUUGUCUUCCUUUCUCUUGUUUUCUUCCCAACAUUUGCCCGACUAUUUCAUCCUGUUCAGACAUAUCCCCACUUAUUCGGAAUGAAUUCUCUCAGAGAGGAAAUUAAAAUGUGA